AGACUUCGGGCACUGCUGGUCACCAUGCAUUCAGCUGUCCUGGCCACUCUCUUCUUGUUGAGCUGGACUCACUGUUGGUCCCUGCCCCUUCCCAGUGGUGAUGACGAUGAUGACUUGUCUGAGGAAGACCUGGAGUUUGCAGAGCACUAUCUGAAGUCAUUCUAUCACCCUGUGACUCUGGCGGGCAUCCUGAAAAAGUCUGCAGUGACCUCCACAGUCGAUCGGCUUCGAGAGAUGCAGUCUUUCUUUGGGCUGAAGGUGACUGGCAAACUUGACGACCCCACCUUAGAUAUCAUGAAGAAACCAAGAUGUGGAGUCCCCGAUGUGGGUGAAUACAAUGUUUUCCCUCGAACUCUCAAAUGGUCUCACACCAACUUAACUUACAGAAUUGUGAACUACACCCCGGACAUGCCCCAUUCUGAAGUGGAGAAGGCCUUCAAAAAGGCCUUCAAAGUCUGGUCUGAUGUCACACCUCUGAAUUUCACCAGAAUCCAUGAUGGUACUGCUGACAUCAUGAUAUCUUUUGGAACUAAAGAACAUGGUGACUUCUACCCAUUUGAUGGACCUUCCGGUCUUCUGGCACAUGCCUUUCCUCCUGGACCAAAUUAUGGAGGGGAUGCCCAUUUUGAUGAUGAUGAAACCUGGACAAGUAGUUCCAAAGGUUACAACUUGUUUAUUGUUGCUGCCCAUGAGCUUGGCCACUCCCUAGGUCUGGACCACUCCAAGGACCCAGGAGCCCUGAUGUUUCCCAUCUAUACCUACACUGGUAAAAGCCACUUCGUGCUUCCCGAUGAUGAUGUUCAAGGGAUCCAGUCCCUCUACGGUCCAGGAGAUGAAGACCCCAACCCUAAACAUCCCAAAACACCAGAGAAGUGUGACCCGGCCUUAUCCCUUGAUGCCAUAACCAGCCUCCGGGGAGAAACCAUGAUCUUUAAAGACAGGUUCUUCUGGCGCCUGCAUCCUCAGCAGGUCGAGGCAGAGCUGUUUUUGACAAAAUCAUUUUGGCCAGAACUUCCCAACCAUGUGGAUGCUGCAUAUGAGCAUCCAUCCCGUGACCUUAUGUUCAUCUUUAGAGGUAGGAAAUUCUGGGCUCUCAAUGGUUAUGACAUUCUGGAAGGUUAUCCCAAAAAAAUAUCUGACCUGGGAUUUCCAAAGGAGGUCAAGAGGAUAAGCGCUGCCGUGCACUUUGAGGACCAGGGCAAGACCCUCUUCUUCUCCGGGAACCAGGUGUGGAGGUAUGAUGAUGCUAACCAGACUAUGGACAGAGACUAUCCACGAUUCAUAGAAGAAGAAUUCCCCGGAAUCGGUGAUAAAGUAGAUGCUGUCUAUGAGAAAAAUGGCUAUAUCUACUUUUUCAAUGGGCCCAUACAGUUUGAAUACAGUAUCUGGAGUAAUCGCAUUGUGCGAGUCAUGCCAACAAAUUCCUUGUUGUGGUGCUAAGAAUUGUUAUUUAACUCCUGGAGAGCAUUUGGGAUACCAAUUUCAGUUGUGGCGGGUGGGAUGGGGUCACCAGGAAGCUCCGUUCUGGGAACAGGCUUCAGGAAGCUCUCUUCAGGCACACAUUGUCUAUGUGGCUGUUCGUGGCUGGAACCACAUUGAAGAACUUUAAAGUAAUGAAAUUGAGAACCCCAAGGGAUCGACUGACUCUUGUGCGCUGUGAAGAAACAAGAUCGAUAUUUUCCACAGCAAGCAUGGAGUCCAUGUGCUGAUGAGAGUGAACAUAAUUAUUAAACUAUUUAUAAAAAAAUCCUAGAAGGCAUAAAAUAAAUAUUUAUAUAACAAACAUGGAAAUUUGGGGAGUGUAUGGUAUAAACGUAGAUAAAGGGAAAUACCUGAAAAAUACAGACAACUUUGCAAAGGAAUGAUUUGGUCUUUGCACUGUGAGAUUUAAACCCAUUUCAUACAAAUGCUAAGAUCAAAGUCGCUAAAGGAAGGGGCUAACGGCCCCUAUGAGGACAGUGUAGGUGGCUUUGCAUUAACCUUAUUUCAUUUGGGUCGCUACCCAAGAACUGUGCACACUGAUAAAAGGUAGAGAGAGAAACAGACUUCUCUUUUUAUUAAAGUAUUUCAGGUCUUUAACAGGCCAUGGAGUAAAACAAUUAAAAUGGUUAUAAAACACCUAAGCAAUACCAUAGCUUUUUCAAAUUGCCUGAUUACUUGAGAAUAAAACUAGGUUUCAACUCUAUUUAUCUAAUUGUUUUUAAUUACCCAAUUUUGAUAUAUAGACCCUUUUCUAGUGACUUACAUGACAGGGACUAAGGCAGUCCUAGUAAGUACAAGUAGAUCUGCAGAAACCCAGACAGCCACGAUAUAGCUGGACAGCGACACUCCCAAGACCGCCCCUUGGUGCUCUGCCUUUGUUAAUUCCUCAUUGCUGAUCUUCGUGUCUGACACUUGGCGCUUGCUGAUUCGUGAUGGUUACCAAGAGCGCAACUAUUGUGCUGAGAGAUGGAGUUUGUUACACUGGGAAAUCAGAAAAGAAGUGUGUAUUUGCACAAUGUGUUAGACCAUGUUGAUGUUGUGGUUUCUAAUAAAAAAAUGUU